CUCAGAGGGGGCGGUGGGCAGCCGCGCGGGUUGCGCGCGUACGCAUAGGCGCCCACGAGUGCGCCCCCCGUGGCCUCCGCCGCCAUGUCCGUGUCCAUGUCGCCACGAGGCCAGGACCAGCCGCAGCCGAACGGGGUGAGCAUCCAGCUGACGAGCGGCCAGGAAACGACCAUCCAGCUCGCGAAAAAUCCCGACGGAACCAUUCGCGUCACGAAGGCCGCGGCGGAGCCCCGCUGGCAGAGCGGCGCCGGCCCCCGCGGCGCCUUCUACGCGAGCGAGCACAUGGCGAGAGUCGCCCUGCGCCAGGCCGAGGAGCGCACGAGGCUCCUGGUGGAGUGCGUGACCUUGAUGAAGACCGUCGAGGCCCUCGACCAGGAGAUGCUGCGGUACUCGGACUGGGGCAAGUACCCCAGGAUGGAGGACUGGCAGCUCGGCGCCGGGUACGCCGCGGGCGGCGCCGUGGUGAAGCUGCAGGGCGAGGAGCUCGGCUCCGCCGUGAUGCACCUGGACCGCGCGAGGAGCUGCGCGGAGUUCGAGGCGAGCGUGUGGCGGCAACGGGCCCACCAGCUGGCGUACGCGGCCGGCGAGCAGGAGCAGGACGCGGCCAGGCGUCUGAUGAAGUUCGAGCUCACGACCGCGGUCAGGGAGUUCACAGACGAACGGAGCGCGCUGAGGCACCGGCUCAGCGAGCGGGACGCCAUGCUGGAGCGCGUGAGGGGUGAGCUCACCGCCGCCCGCAGCAACGGCGACAUGCUGCGCGGGCACCUGGAGUACGUGCAGCGGCACGCAGACGAGCAGAGCGCUAUGGCCGUCGCGCGGCAGGCCAAGCUCCAGGAGCAGAUCGCCGUCCGCGAGGCGCUGGAGAAGGAGCUCACGGCCGCGCAGCAGCAGCUCCGCUCCUACAGGAGCGAGAACGAGGCGAAGCUGCGGGGCUUCUCCGCCGCCCUCGGGGAGGCCGAGGCGGCGGCCCGGCGCGACCUCGAACGGGCGGUGACCGAGCACGAGGCCACGCGGCGGGAGCUGCGCCAGCUGCGGGGGGAGGCCCAGCGGGCGCAGGACGAGAUCCGGGUG